AUGAAUCGGUACUGGUGGGGAUCUGGGAAUGAUAGUGGCAUUCACUUGAGAGCCUGGGAUAAAUUGUGUGUGCCAAAGAAGCAUGAGGGCUUAGGGUUUAAGGAGCUACGCGCUUUUAACCUAGCAACGUUAGGAAAUAACCUCAGUUUCUGUUGGCGUAGUAUUAUGGUAGCUCAGGACAUGGUGUGUAGUGGUGUUAGGCGCAGAAUCGGGAAUGGAGAAACAACCCUCAUUUGGGAGCACCCGUGGCUCUUAGAUGAACAUGACCCAAUGAUACAGACAGAAAGAGUACCCCAUUUGGCUAAGGCGCCGAUACGUGGUAUUGGUAUGGAGAUCAGAGGGGUAGCUACACUGUCAAACACGGCUAUAGACGAGUAUUUGGAAACUAUAAUGAUACACUGGGCAAUUUUGAUAAAUGGCUUGACCUAUGGAAGCUUAAGAUCCCACCCAAAUGGAAAACUUUUCUGUGGAAAGCCCUGA